AUGCCUCGCCGCCUCCUGUCCCUCCUGCUGGCCCCCACGCGGCUCCUGCUCGCCCUUCGGGGUCUCCUGGCCCGGGGGGGACUCGCGGUGGCCGCGGUGGCCUCGGGGGUGGCCUUUGGGCUCUGGGGGGUGGCGCUGCUGCUGCGCCGCGGGCCCCGCGCCGCGUUCGGGUGGCACCGCCGGGAGGUGGCACCGGCCGGGCUGGCAGAUGGCAAAUUUGGGGAGCACCGGUACCUGCGGCUGCAGGGCUCGGGGCUCCGUCUCCAUUACGUCACCCGGGGUCCCCCCGGCGCCCCCCUGAUGCUGCUGCUGCACGGCUUCCCCCAGAACUGGUUCUGCUGGCGUCACCUGAUGCAGGAGCUGAGUCCCCGUUUCCGGGUGGUGGCCCUGGACCUUCGGGGCUACGGGGACUCGGAGAAGCCCCCGGGCAGGGCCAGCUACAGACUGGAGCUGCUGCUCGGGGACAUCCGCGAGGUCAUCGAGGCCCUGGGGACGCCGGCGGGGACCCCCCGAUGUGUCCUGGUGGGACACGACUGGGGAGGGGUCCUGGCCUGGGAGGUGGCCUCCAGUCACCCCCAGCUGGUGGAGAAACUGGUGGUGAUGGACGCGCCGCAGAGGGGGGUGAUGGCAGCGUUCACAGCCCGUCACCCGUCGCAGCUGCUCCGUUCCUGUUACAUUUUCCUGUUCCAGCUGCCCUGGCUGCCGGAGCUGCUCCUGUCCCUGGGUGACUUCCAGCUGGUGAGGACGUUCCUGACCAGUGUCCAGACAGGGAUCCAGGACCCGGCCUGGCGGCUCUCGGAGCAGGAGCUGGACUCGUAUCUGUUCGGCCUCUCCCAGCCCGGGGGGCUCAGCCCCCCCCUGCACUACUACCGCAACCUCUUCCGGGACGCCCCCGUGCCCCGGGAGCCGCCCCCUCCCCCCACUCUGCUGCUCUGGGGUUCCCGUGACGCGUUCCUGGACCCGCGCCUUGGCCCCGCCCACCUGCGCUGGCUCCACCCACACGCCAGGCUCCGCCUCCUGCCCGGAGCCUCCCAUUGGCUGCCCGAGGAGAAGCCCCGCCCGCUAGCAAAGCUGAUUGGAGAAUUCCUGGAGGGAGGGGCCGAGGAGGGGUCGUAG